AAGACCAACAAGGUCUCCACAGAUCGUGACGCAUGGCGGCGAUGGAGAAGGGGAGGAAGAAGAAGUCGGCGUCGGAGGGAUUAGUGGUGAGGAAGAGGAGGAAGAAGAUCUUCAGAGAAACAGAGACACAGGAAGACGAUUACUGGAGAAAGUCCAAACUUCCUCAUGCUACUCUAUUUAAGCCCCAGCAUCCUUAUGAAAGCUCUCUCUGGGAGACUUUCAAAGAUUUACCAAAAACGGCUGUGAAUCUGAUAGAAACUUUACUCUCUGUGGAACCAUACAAGCGUGGAACCGCAUCUUCCGCUCUUGCAUCUGAGUAUUUCAAAACAAAGCCCUAUGCAUGUGACCCGUUGACCUUGCCAAAAUAUCCACCAAAUAAAGAGAUUGAUGCCAAACAUCGUGAGGAGGCACAAAGGUAAGAUUUCUCAUCUCCUUUUUUUAGCGGUACAUGGAAGAAUUUGGCAGCAAAACAUGUGCCGAAUCCACUGUAGCCUAGCAUCUAAAACAGAGGGAGCAUUUAGGUAGUUUUUGCAAUAUUAAAAAAAAAAAAAA